UCUCAUUUCUUUAUUCAUGAACCAAAAUGAAUGAGCAUGGUGCUCGUGUUGUCUUGAGUGAUGUUAUUUGCGAGUUCCUUGAGGUUGCCAUCCAUUUGAUUCUUUUUGUCCGUGGCAUAUAUCCACCAGAGCUCUUUGAAUCAACUCAGAAGUAUGGAUGCCCAAUACGGACAGCAAGGCACCCAGGCCUUACAUCCUAUAUCCAACAAAUCAUUCGUUCCAUCAAGGCAGAACUUCAAAAGGGUACUAUCCAUCGGAUAUGUAUUGUAACAUUGGAUUCUACAGGACAAGCACUCGAUCGGUUUGUGUUCGAGAUGAGUAUGCUACAGGCAUUUGAGGGAAAGGUCCUCUCUUCUGCUCUCGCUCAAUUGGACCAAGAUCAAGAUGUCGCUAUGAAUAAUGUUGCUGCUCCAAAUUCAAAGAACAGUCGAGUCGCUUCUAUGGACGAAAAGGGGAAAAGUAAAGCUACUGAUUAUCAAAAUGACGACCAAGCAAAUUACCACGCCGAUAUUGAUGAUCCAGAAAUGGGGGAAGAAGGGGAUGAUGAAGAGGAAGAUGGUGAAGAAGCUCUUCUUUUGCGUAGGGCCUUAGCGCAUGGAAAAUAUCGUCGACAACGACAGCAACAACACCAACAACAACAACAACAACAACAGCCAUACCGCCCACAGGAGCAUGGUGAGGUACGGUUUGAGAGCCUUAUUACCUUCACGACCAAUGUAGAAGCAUUACUGAGAGCCAUACUUUUAAAGAUCAGUAUCUGCGACUCUUAUUUAAAGCCUGUGGUCGAAGAUGCUUCAUUUACCGUUGUUAUCGAGAUGAAGAACGCAGGAGUGGGGCCGGAUGCCAAGCCAGAGUUUCCUUGGACCCCAAUUUGCGAUUCUGUCCCUGGGGAACGUUCGAAACUCUCAACGAUACCUGGAAAAUCCUCUCCUCAACGCAGGAUCAUACCCGUCAAAACCAUUAGUUUCGCCGAUAUACAGUUGGAGUUAUUUAUCGAACAGUUAAAAAGCUAACAUUGAGUCAUAAUAAAGCAUUGUGCCC